CAGCCACAACCCCGUCGGGACUCGGCAAGAAUGGCCGCUUGCCUCCGUUACACCCGCAGGGUCUGGAAAUCGUUCUUGGACAAUGGCGGUCACGAUGCUCGUUGCUUCGGAAACUUGAACAUCGUGAAUGCUAGACCUGGCUUGGUCGAGGCCUCAUUGAAGGUCGAGCCAUACAACUUGAACCGUGUUGGCACAGUACACGGCGGUUUGAUUCUGUCGUUGACGGACACAAUCGGAUCGCUUGCUGUCGGUUCCAAAGGCCAAUUCAUGACCGGAGUAUCCGUUGACAUUGGAACAAGCUUCGUGAAGCCUGCAGGACGCGUCGGCGACACCUUUCACGUCAAGGGGCAGGUCAUAGGUUUAGGCAAAUCACUUGCUUACACUCGCGUCGAUUUCUACGAUGCCAAAGGGCAGUUGGUUGCUUAUGGUCAUCACACGAAAUAUGUGGGCAAAUCUGCUGGACACGAGCAUGAUGUCAAGUUCUCCGCGGACGGGGAAACGAUCGUCGAGGGCAGAGAUGUCGAGUGAUGUCAAGACACCGUUCUCUGGUGCUGAUGCUACUUCUGUCACCUAGACCAGCGUAAAUCUUGAAUGCAAUCGUCGCGAAGCCCGCUCAGGGUGAACUUGAGCAUGCUUACGUGGAACCGCGUUCACGAUGGC